AUGCUGCCAACGUCACCCACCGGCGCGUGGUUCGAGCAUGUCAUCGCCGCGGAGAAGACCAAUGUGGAUAUAGUUGCGAUUCCACCCAUCGGCGCAAACCACCAAAAAGCAUGGACAGCGCAGAAUUCAACAUCUCCCUGGAUCAGCACGUUAUUGAUCAGGCGCAUGCCGCGGGCGCGGGUGCUGUUGUACAACCAUGGGGACCUGCGGGAGCACGAUAAAAUCGAUGACUUGGGUCAGCGGCUGCUUAAUACGCUGCUGGACGAACGCAAGCAGGACAGCAGACGUCGUCCGCUCUUUUUCUUGUGUCACAGCACCGGCGGGCUCGUGGCCAAGGCGUGUCUGGCGCUGGCGUCACGGGCCGAGCCGAGCCAGGCUAUCCUGACCAGCUGCCAUGGCAUCGCCUUCUUCGCGACUCCUCACCAAGGUUCGACCUAUCUCUCCGCGGAUGAGUAUGGCCCGAGCAUCCGGCGGCUCUUGCAUUUAGACCACGAGAUCCCACUGUCAUUACGAGAGCAGUUUCGGCCGCGGCAAGAAAGACUAUGGCAUCUCUCCAACCAGUUCAAAGCGUUGUCCGCGGACAUGAAAGUCUGGUCGUUCCUGGAGACCUUGGAUUCGACGUUACAUGUGAUGGACAUGGAGACUGGGAACACGAUGGAGUUCCAUGCUCCAAUCACGUCCAUCAUAUCUGGAUUGCUAGGUAUUGAACACGAGAAUGAAAUCCCUUUGGCGACUGAUCACGUCGGGACGGCAUGCUUCCAAGGCCAAGAAACAGCACAAGAACAAUUUCUGAUGGAACUGGGAGAGGCGGUUGGCCUUGCUGUCGAAUUAUCAACGCAUAUGGACACUCCUCUUCGUGUAGAAGGAGAGGUCAUGGUGCAAAUCAAUGGUUUCUUUGAGGAUACAGCCCUUGGGGUCAGUGAUGAAAGCCCCCUGAAACUAUGGUCCACACGAGUAUCACUGGAAGAUUAUCUGGCCCGAGGCCCGUCAACGUGUCUACGAGAAAGACUCAAACGUGUACAGCCUGGAGGAUUAGAUGAUUCGUCCUUAAGCAGUUUUGACAGUCGAUACCCUUCCUCCCACCAGGCCCCAGGGCCAGAUGAGCACGCCCAGGAUCCAGAACAAGAUCACCAAAUAGCCCCCCAUCAGAAGGAUCCUAGACAGUCAAGGCCCUCUAUGAGACGGGGAGAAAGCUUCCCAGAUCCAGCACCCCAAUCCCCAACGAUACAUAUCACGGAAGCUGCGAUGGAUGGAUACUUUGAUCGCAGCACGAGUGAGAGUCCCCCACCACCCCGAGAACGGAAACGCGCGAGUUCUAUUGCAAAAGCCCUGGGAUUAGCACCCCUUGACUCUCACAAGCGCAAUGCAUCAGAUGGCAGCUCGCAGACUAGUAGUUCUCGUCCCUCUUCUCCCUCGCCGCAUCAAGCAGGCUUUUUAUCGAUCCCAUCAUCCACCCGGGACCGUAUUAACCAAAACGCUGAAGCUCGCGACAUCCCUCGUUCCGUUCCUCGUUUUGAUCAACCAGAACCCGAUACCGAAAAACUCCUGUGGAUUCAUGUCCCCUACACACAUACCGGAUGGGUGUCGCAAGUGAUCCGUCGGGCAUGUAAAGAUCGCCAUGAGCCAAAUUUCCUGAGGAAAUUUAUCAAUGAAGAAAACUGGUAUCUACUAUUAAACAGGGCCCGCCACAGGGAGCCGCAUGCUCGCUUCGUCCGUCCGAAAUGCAUCCAUUCACGUCAAAUGGAUGUAUCGCAAGGGAAUGAAGGAGGGGCAUCAGAUGAUCCUCAACUAGCACUCUAUACACCUUACCUUCACUGGGACAGAUACCGCAACCUAAUUCAACGCCGCCAGGUAGUCGAAGAUCGACUGCGCCAAGGACGAUCAAGACCUGUUCCAAACCGGGUUGCAAAAUCCAGUCUUGAAGCCCAGCUCAUUUGGCAGUAUCUUGGGUCCGAGCCGCCGAUCCACUUCCGUCGGACACUCGAUCAAUAUGGAUACCCAAAUCUGCGAUCCACUGUCGCUCGUGAUGACGAUCAGAUGCUUUGGAAACGAACCCGCAAGCCAAGUCGCAUAGAUGACCAACUUAAGAAAUAUCUGGAGGCCAGCCAGGAUGACCCGGAAGAAGGCGACGCUAUAGACUUUAUGGACGGGAAUGUGUUGAUGGUUGACCAGCUUUGGCUGUGGAUUGUGGACCAGAAAACCGUCAUAACAUUCUUCCCGAACCAGGAGGCGACUACAUCCGAAGGCAAAUUAUUUGAGCAAACCAAUCUGCAUAGCAGCAUUUAUAAUGAGCUGAAUGGCGACUUGGCGCGGCGUUUUGAGACAGCUGGUGAUCUUGCGGCUCUGAUCAUGCUGCAUGCUACAACUGUUCUACUUGACAAAACUUUACACCAUGACCUACAAGUCCUUCGCAUCUUCGAAGAGUCUAUCAGUAUCUUGACCGAAUCUGUGACGAAAUCAUUCAAGCGAUUCCGGAAAAUGAUGACGGCUGCCCAACUUGACGCUCGAGACCGCCAAACUGCGCGCCGUAAUCGUGACGAUCUAUCGGUGCUUUUAGAAUUACGAGACAUAGAAGACGAAUUAUCAACUAUAUUAAAACUUCUCGACCAACAGGAUACUGUGAUGAAGAGCAUGAUGAAAUACUUUGAUCGCAAAGGGUGUGGUAAGGUCUUUCUGGAUGCAGCUCAAAUGCGGAUCGACGAGUACCGUACCCAGAUUGGCGAUAUGAAGGAAAACAGCCAUCUUGCGCAGAAGGCCGUUGAGACCCUCCUCGACCUUAAACAGAAGCAGGCCAAUGUCGAUGAAUCAAAGAUGGCACGAUGGCAGGCAGAAGAAACUCAAAACCAAUCCCGAUCUCUAAUGGUUUUCACUAUAUUCACAGUAAUGUACGGAAACGCUUUCUGCGGUGGUACCAUCUCGUAUAUGGCUAAUUUGUGCAGCUUUCUUCCACUGUCUUUCUUCACCUCUUUAUUUGGUAUCAAUGCUCGCGAAUGGAGCGGGACCGAACAAAAUCUCACGUUGGCAGAGAUGGCAGAAAUUGCUGCACCUGCCUCGUUUGCUAUAAUAUUAAUAGCUUUACUUAUGGCGUUCAGUGAAAAGCUACGCCAAAUUGUGGCCAAAUCUCAUAAAAUCACCAAGGGUUUGCUGUCGGAAUUUAUUUUUUACCCUGUCAAGGUAUUUCUGCACUGGGAGUCAUUCAAAGGCAAAAUUCCAAGUGUUGUCCCAGCUGAGGAUUCAGCCAUGCGCAAACGAUUUGAUAACUACCUUGGAUACGGAAACCAUCGCAUGAAUAUUGACGAGGACUUUUGGCAACGUCGCGAAGGCGCACGCAGGCCGUUGGAAGAAUUGGAGAGAAAGAAACGGAAGCGGGCGAAGUCAAUAGGUUGGGGAGAGGCAAUCUCUGAGAAAGUGAGACGAGUCAGUCAAGGGGGACUCAAUGUAUGA